UCGCCUCUUUCGGCCUGCCAUCAUCCGGGUUCCUAAACCGGAUUUGGGUUUUGUUUACUUUUGUGGCGAGGAGGCGGAGCCGGCUGAAGGAAACUGGCCGAGGGAGGCGGUCGGGACGCGGCUUCCCGCUUCGAGCAGGUUUUUUACCCCCGUGAGGCCGCCGGAGGGGCGGGGUUUUUCAAAGUACUGAAAUAUGUCUGGGUUCCUUGAAAACAUGAGAUGCUCAGAAUGUGUUGAUUGGGGUGAAAAGCGAAAUACAAUUGCUUCAAUUGCUGCUGGGGUCCUGUUUUUUACAGGAUGGUGGAUUAUCAUAGAUGCAGCGGUGAAAUACCCAGAUGCAAAACAGUUCAAUCAUUCAUAUCAUGCCUGUGGAGUUAUAGCUACGGUUGCAUUCUUAAUGAUCAAUGCUGUCUCCAAUGGACAGGUGCGUGGGGACAGUUACAGUGAAGGCUGCCUUGGGCAAACAGGUGCUCGUAUCUGGCUGUUCAUUGGCUUCAUGCUGGCAUUUGGAUCCCUGAUUGCUUCCAUGUGGGUCCUCUUUGGAGGCUAUGUGAUCAACGACAAACCAGAAAAACUAGCAAUCUACCCAGGAAUAGCAGUCUUCUUUCAAAAUGCUUUCAUAUUUUUUGGAGGCUUGGUCUUUAAGUUUGGUCGCACAGAAGAUUUGUGGCAAUAAGUGACCGUGCAUCUAUCCUGCUGUUUUUAACUGCCCACUCCCAUUUUGUAACAUUUGUGCUCUGGUAUCAGUGAAGAUGAAGGUUGUCUACCCAUUAAAAUCAUGAAACAUUUCCCCUUUUUAUCACUCUGGCUGUUUUCUACUUCUAGCUUCUGACAUUAAGUAUUGUAGCAUGUGACUAAGAUAUAUAAUUGAGAAGGGGGACCCUAUAAAAGUCUCCUUUCACCAAAUGUUUUUGAUAUAAUAAAUAUUAAACAAUGUCAGUGUUCCUUUUA